UAGCAAAAAAUCACUCCGAGUUCGAGCAUUCAAGGAUGAGGACGAGAGAGUUGGCCAACAAUGUGAAGAAAAAUAAGAGCUGUGGGACACACUGAGAUAGCUGCUGCUUCAUCUUCAUUGUAUAUUCAUCUUCCUUUCCUCUGCUUCUCAUUGUUUAUGGCUAACCUACUUUCACCUCUUUCCUCUGCUCCCAUCUCUUUCCCUCCAUCUCCCUGACUUCAACCCCACCACCAUCAUGCUUCGCCUCCGCCGCAACUUCCAUUUCUCCCGCCACUUUCUUCUCCUCAAACCCUUCUCCACCGCCGCCCCUCCGCCUCCUCUUCACCUUCCACUCUCCCACCCCACUUACAUUGUCUGGGGCUCCAAUACCUCCGUUGGCAAAACCUUAGUUUCCGCUGGCCUCGCCUCCUCCUUCCUCCUCUCCGAUUCUCCUUCCCAUUUCCUCUUCCUCAAGCCCAUCCAAACCGGCUUCCCUUCCGAUUCCGAUUCCCGUUUCGUCUUCCAUAAGCUUUCCUCCCUAUACCGACGCCGCCACGCCCGUCUCUCUCUUCUGGCCUCCGAUCAUGUUCUCAAUGCCUCCCUCCCUGUACUAAACACCGUCUCUGGUUGCGGAGAUGGGAGUGAAUUGGCAAUGUGCGAACUGGGUCGGUAUGAAGAACAACGAUUGGUGGGGGAGGAAUCGGGUUUGGGUUCGAGGUUAAUUUGUAAGACCAUGUAUGCCUGGAAGGAGGCUGUUUCUCCACAUUUGGCUGCUGAGAGGGAAAGCGGGGUGGUGGACGAUGCCCUUGUGAUACAGUCGCUGCAGAGUUGCUUAAAUUCUGGAUUGGGAGUGAGUGGCGAGAGUGAGGGUGCAGAAACCAGAGCCAUGUGUCUCGUCGAGACAGCCGGUGGGGUUGCUAGUCCAGGCCCAUCUGGGUCCCUUCAGUGUGAUUUAUACAGGCCUUUUCGUUUACCCUGCCUUCUUGUUGGUGAUGGCCGGCUGGGUGGUAUUUCUGGGACAAUUUCAGCAUAUGAGACUUUGAAACUUAGAGGCUACGAUGUUGCUGCCAUUAUCUUCGCUGAUAAUGGCCUUGAAAAUGAGGUGGUGCUAAGUUCUCAUCUUCGAGAUAGGGUGCCAAUUCUUGUGCUACCUCCCAUUCCUGUUGAUAUAACAGACGACCUGAUGGAUUGGUUUGAUAACUCUCAGAAAGUAUUUGAUUCUCUGAAGGAAAUAAUGUUAUCAGCUUAUUCUAAAAGACUUAACGGAUUGCGAGAAAUGCCAAAAAAGGCAAAGAAUAUUUUUUGGUGGCCAUUCACCCAGCAUAAACUUGUGCCAGAUGAAGCUGUUACAGUAAUUGAUUCUCGCUGUGGUGAGAACUUCACUGUUUUCAAGGAUCAGGGUCAUGAAUUUAUGACUCAACAAUUUGAUGCAUGUGCCAGUUGGUGGACACAGGGUCCUGAUGCUGCUCUGCAGACUGAGCUAGCAAGUGAUAUGGGUUAUGCUGCUGCAAGAUUUGGGCAUGUGAUGUUUCCAGAGAAUGUGUAUGAACCAGCUUUGGAAUGUGCUGAGCUUUUACUUGCUGGUGUUGGAAAAGAUUGGGCUUCAAGGGUGUAUUUCUCAGAUAAUGGAUCUACAGCUAUUGAAAUUGCACUGAAGAUGGCUUUUCGGAAGUUUUCUAUUGAUCAUGGAAUCCUUGAUUCUCAAGAAUGCAAUGCAGAAGCACAACGUACUGAGCUUAUGGUUUUGGCUCUCAAUGGAUCAUAUCAUGGUGAUACAUUAGGAGCUAUGGAAGCACAGGCACCCUCAUGUUAUACAGGCUUCCUGCAGCAACCAUGGUAUUCUGGAAGAGGUGUUUUUCUGGAUCCUCCUACAGUCUAUAUGCACGGAGGCAAAUGGUAUCUUUCCUUGCCAGUUGGAUUGCAACCCGAGACCUUGAGACUUGAGAAUGCUUUUUUCAAUUCACGUGAUGAGGUAUUUGAUGAGAAAAGGGACGGUUCAGAUUUGGCUGAAAUCUAUUCAGCAUAUUUGUCUCAACAAUUAUCAUAUUCUUCAAAGUCCAAGUCAUUACUUGGAGCACUAAUUAUGGAACCAGUAAUACAAGGUGCUGGAGGAAUGCAUAUGGUGGAUCCUCUCUUCCAACGAGUACUUGUGAAAGAAUGCCAAGAUAAAAAGAUUCCUGUCAUUUUUGAUGAGGUUUUUACUGGUUUUUGGCGCUUGGGUACUGAGACUGCUGCAGAGCUACUUCAUUGUGUGCCUGAUAUAGCCUGCUUUGCAAAGCUGAUGACUGGUGGAAUUAUUCCGUUAUCUGCUACAUUAGCAUCAAACUCUGUAUUUGAAUCCUUUAUUGGUGACUCUAAGCUUGCGGCCCUUCUGCAUGGUCACUCGUAUUCUGCUCAUGCUUUGGGCUGCACUGCUGCUGCAAAGUCCAUUAAAUGGUUUAAAAAUCCUCAAACAAACCUGAAUAUCAAUUCCGAAGGGACAUCUCUCAGGGAGGUCUUGCUAAAAUAUCUUUCUGUUGGGAUUCAUUUGUUUUAUCAACGCCUACAGUUAUGGGAUGAGAAUUUGGUUUACGAGAUCUCGUCACAUCCUGCAGUGAAGAGAGUAGUAGCAUUGGGAACUCUCUUUGCUCUAGAACUUCAAGCAGAUGGCUCUAAUGCUGGAUAGAACAAACAAAAAAGGAGCCAAUUGUACUUCAGGAAUUCUUUAAUGGAUACAGUAGGAAUUAGGCAAUGUAGACAAUGUUUCAUUCUCAAUCUCCACGGUGGAAUGUUGACUCUGUUGCCAUAGAUGUCCCCAAUGCACCGUCUUCGUAAUCAAAGAACUAAGAAGAUAAAUUAAACCACACAUUCUGUUUGCUGGUCAGAGUGUACCCGUUUAUAGUCUUACCAAACAAAUUUUCAUACUUUAUUAGGAAUUGCGAUAUGUUGGCAAAUAAAUUCACACCAGAAUUCUUUGUAAAUACGAUUAUUUUAGAGUUGAUUACUGAAGUUGGUUGGUUUUGAAUAGGUAUGCAUCUUUAUAUGCAAGAUCUCUUCUAUUAAAGCUUAGAGAGGAUGGGAUUUAUACGAGGCCAUUGGGCAAUGUCAUCUACCUUAUGUGUGGACCCUGCACAAAACCAGAUAGCUGCAGCCAAUUAUUGAUCAAACUCCUUAGCGGAUUGGAUGAUUUUAUCAGCGAGUCCAGGGAAAACUUGGAAUCCUGUCAUUCAUGAAAGACAGCAAUGGUUAUUACUCUCAGCUGUUUUUGGUUGCUGUAUUAGUGCUGUAGCAACUCAUGUAACAAGCUUGAUUCAUAGAAAUGUCUUGUUAUAUUUAGUUUUUUGUUCUUACAUUUUUGCUUGGACAUGUAAAAUUUGGAACUGUUUAGGUACGUUGCGAGUGAGGGAUUGCCGAUAAUUGUUCUGCUAAGGCUUACUUUUGCCUAAUUUAUGCAAUUUGGUAGUCCAUCAAAUUUACUGUUAGAGAAAUAAAAUCAAUAUUUGAUUGAGAAA